AUGCAUUUUCCAAGUAUUCUCAUCAGCUCACUGCUGGCAUUGUCAGGCUUUGUCGCUGCACAGACUACAAUCACCAUAACCCGCACAGUUGGCACCGUCGUUGUCGUCGAGCCACCAACCAGCGGUGGUUCAACCCUGACAACCAAGAAAACCACCACGAGCAGUUCCGUCAAGCCGCCGCCCAUAACGAUCAAGACCUCCACAAAGCCAACCACGUCUAACGUUCAAGUCACGCAGACGUUCUAUACCACCGUUACUGUCACCUCGAUCGUAACUACGAAGGCUACAACGACAGCGAAACCGACGCUCACUGUCCCGCCGGAUCCAAAUUUGACCAAGUGUCCGGUGCCAUUGUACUAUCAGUGUGGAGGCAGUCGAUCAUACAAUGGAUGCACAAAAUGUGUUGCUGGUGCCCAAUGUGUUAGCCAGAAUGAUUUCUAUUGGCAGUGCGUAAACACCUCUACAAAUUGGUGA